AUGAUACUUCGAGUCAUCGAUACUUCCCAUAAAACGGUAUACCUCAAAAGAAGGUAUAAUCCAAACAAGAGUAUUGUUAACAUAACGGUAUUAGCUGUACACGCAUACUUUCCAACAAAUAGUACCAUAGAUAUAGUCCCACUAAUGAAGCUAGAUAAAGGCAGAGACGAUUCUAUCAAUAGCACAACUUCACUCCUAGAACCUCAAUACGUGAGGCAAAAAUGGACUCUUAAGAUCAUCAUACUCCUGGAGUAG